AUGACCGCAUACAAGGCCGAAUUUAUCAAGGUGCACACGGAAGUGGGGUGGCAGACACUACCUACUGAACCAGAUAAACGCCUCUCUGAAUCAGAAGUGCGCCUCCAACUCUGCGUCGAAGAAGACGUCAACACAAUUGCAUCAGCCAUUUACGACCUCCUCCCACAAGCUUGGUGGGAUAGGAAGCAGCCACCAUCACCAACUCUUCCCCCUCUAGAAGAACGCAAAGCUCGUCUCGCGCAGCGCCUUCUCCCAACCUUUCGUGACCCAAAAGUGCAUGUGGACUGGGUGAAAGCAAUCCACGUCCCCUCCUCCACCAUUAUAGGUAUUGCUGGAUGGUGGGCUCCAGGUAAUCCCGUCCACAACUGUUGGCGGCGGACUGCUGUCGACUACUACGACUGGAAAACAUUGAUGAAUUGGACCGACGCGGAUGUAGAAGACUUGUGGGUUGGAAUCGACUUCGAAGCGUGGGAUGGCGAGAUGGCGCGCCAUGAUGAGGCGCGAAAAGGAUUUCUCGGCGACGAAAAACAUUGGUAUCUCGCGCCGCUUUUGAUAUUCCCAGAAUGGCAGGGCAAAGGGGUAGGAAGUAGGCUGUUGAGGUGGGCAAUUGACCAGGCAGACAAGGCGGACCCUAUCAUGCCAUUGUGGCUCGAGAGUGCUCCGACAGCACGCGGUGUUUAUCUCAAUUGGGGAUUUGAGCCAGUGGGUGAGACGAGAAUGUUGAGAAGGGGUCCUGGGAGGAAGGUGGACAGCAAUGGCGAGGUUUUGAAGAAUGCUGAGAGAAGUGAGCAGAAGCAAUAG